GCUGUGUAUCUAUCCAUUUGACAGGGGCACUAUAUAAUCCAUUCAUGCUCUAUCUGUAUUUCUCGAUAUAUAUUGAGGCAUAGAGUACGCUUAGUUGAUUGUAAGGUGUAGUUGCAAAGAGAUGUCGAAGAAAGGAGGAAAAGGAACAGGGGGUGGUGUCAAAAAAGAUUCACCGGUACUCAUAAAGGAUGCUCCUUGGAGAGAAAUCAAUCCCAGGCAAAAACCCAUCCCCAAGAUUCAUCUUUCUCCUCUUCUUCGUGUCCCGAAAGACCCCUUCUCUGAUUAUGCACAAUUUGUCAUGAAGCACCCAAAUCCAAUUGGAACUGGACUAGGGAGCGAAGCUAUAGUUGAAGCUGCUGGACCUGAUUGUAUUGUUCCUGGUCAGAUUACCCCAAUUAGAUUACUUGGUCUCAAGGUGUGGCCUAUCGAUGUCGACUUGAAAUUUCUGGAUCCAGUUGGACGUGAGCUUCAGCAAAUUGGAAAGUUCAUGGAUUCAGCUGUCAACCUUAUGGACAAGGCACUUGUGGAUCGUUAGGCCGCCUACAGAUAUGAGUUGAGAACCAGUGGACAACCCAGAUUUCUUUCAUAAGCUGUUUAUGUGAAAUGAGCAAUAGUUUGAUAUAAAUUAUCGGGAGCAUGUAGUACUCAAGUGUUGUACUUAAGUGUUGGGGCAUGUUGACUUAUAUUAAAAAGGUUGUGUUCAUAAAUUAUAGGCUUGUUUAGCUUCGACUUUUUUGGAGUAAUGAUUUAUUUUCGAAAA